AUGUCUGAUUCUCCUGAGUCUGAGUCUGAAUCUCCCGGGAAACUUGACAUAGUCCAAGUUUGGGCUAUCCCUGUGGAACCAGAUAUACUGGGAGCUCAUCUACAAGCAUAUAAAAAGCACCGCUGCUCAGUAAAAGUUUUCCAGCUCUGCUAUGAUUCAGGACAAAUUCAAGGAGCCCCAGUUGGUAAACUACCAUUGGAGCUCGUUGACAUGAUUGUCGACUGGGUGAUGGUGCAGGAUCGACAGGACAACAUCAGGGUCUGGGCCAGAGAAAGAGCUUGCUGCGACAACAAUUGCCGGAUUACAGGCCAUGGAUACCUCAGUCAUGAAUCAAUUAUUGAUUUAUGGCGUGAUCAUUUGAGCCAUACUGGACGGCAAUACAACGAGAAAGACUUUGCUAUUGAAGAUAAUCAACAUGAAGUGAACGAACUCUUGAAAACAACUAGUACCCAAGAAUUCCAAGCAAAGCAUUCUAGACAAAGCGAAGCUGGCCAACGUCGCUAUUUUGGAAAGAAUCAUGAGGGUAGUCUAGCUUCCUACAAUACCAUGAUGAUCAAGGAAUUUGGUUUAGAGAUAAUCACCUUUCAUGAUCUGGUCGGCAUACACCUUCCGCUUUAUGAGUUGGUCGAUCCCUCCUACGAAGAAGACGUUAUUCGAAGGCGAGGUACCGGUUCAAAAUGGGACUGGACUUGUGCCCUCUACAACACCGUGGCUUUUCUCACCAUACCAGCAAUCAAAUUUUCCUUUGACGACAUUAAUUGUCGCCCCGAGCUACGUUAUCUUGAUGUUUGUAAGAUUUCUGGAAGCCAGAAACGCAACUUCGCCAUUGCCAUGAGGAUGCUGAACAUCAAGCCUUACACGGCUAUUCCCAAAAUACCUACGAAUAUUAAGUCUAAAGCUCAUGUCCAGUCUAUCUCAGAGGCGCUGUGGAGGCUUAGAGAUGGGGCCUUGAAUCCCGAGCAAGAAGAAGAACAGAGCGAUUCGAAAUGCUCAUUAUUUAUGAAUCUUACUCAGGCCAAGUGGCCCCAGCUAACAAUAAAUAGCAGUAGACCUAUGCCUUUGCCAAGAAACACUCAGCAGUCUUGUUUGCUAAAACUCAGCUUCUUCAAGCACGGCCUAAAGGCUAAAACCAUCGACUUUGGCUUUACGGGAGGGAAAAUGGGAGCUGAAAAUCCGGUAGCAGUGCGACAAAGGAACACAUAUUUCCAGGAAGACCAUGAUGGUAUAUCGGUUUCUCUACUUUAUCCAUAUUUACUUAUUCUCAGGAUCAUUGGCAGUUUGGCUAGGAGUUUUUGCUUGACCUUCUAUUAG